GAAAAAGAAAAAAAAAAGAAAGAAAUCCUUUGUAACGGCUAGUUUGCGGUGCGGGGCCAGGCGUACCGUUGAUUGAGUAGAAAGAAAAGGCGUAGCGGGAGACGCACUGCAGCAGCACGCUCCCCGACGACGGCGCACCUUCACGCAGUCACACUCUCCUUUUUCUUUGGAAUCCAUUUCCAUCCGAAAGGGUUUUAGGGUUCCGAAAGGGAAGAUUUGCUCCAAAAUUUAGAUCCUUUCCCCUUCUCACAUUCUUACAUUUUUAGGGUUUUUAUUUAUUGCACCAUCACAUCAUGAACAUCUUCAAGAAGAAAACAUCUCCCAAAGAUGCUUUGCGGACGAGCAAGAGAGAAAUGACGGUUGCAACCCGAGGAAUUGAACGUGAGAUUGCAUCACUUCAGCUGGAGGAAAAGAAAUUGGUGGCGGAGAUCAAGAAGACGGCCAAAACUGGAAACGAGGCAGCUACUAGAAUUUUAGCUCGCCAACUUGUACGACUGCGGCAACAAAUAACCAAUUUGCAAGGGAGUCGUGCCCAAAUCAGAGGUGUAGCAACUCAUACACAGGCAUUAUAUGCCAGUACCUCAAUAUCUACAGGAAUGAAAGGUGCAACUAAGGCAAUGGUGGCAAUGAACAAGCAAAUGGCUCCAGCAAAGCAAGCAAAAGUGAUAAAAGAAUUCCAAAAGCAGUCAGCACAAAUGGACAUGACAAUAGAGAUGAUGUCAGAAGCUAUUGAUGAAACUUUAGAUAAAGAUGAGGCUGAAGAGGAAACAGAGGAGCUCACGAACCAGGUGCUUGAUGAGAUUGGAGUGGAUAUUGCUUCUCAGCUAUCCUCAGCUCCAAAAGGUCGGAUUGCAUCAAGGAAUGCUGCUCCUGAGGUUAAUGCUAGGUCUGAAUCUACUGAUGUUGAUGAACUUGAGAAAAGGUUGGCCUCUCUUCGCCGGAUAUGAUGGCAUAGGCAUAGAAGUUAACUUGCUCAGAAAAAUCUCAUCGCUGUAUAAAUUAUUUAAAGUAUAUCAUGAAGAACAGAACUGUAAUGAUAAGAUUGUUAUAUCUGUUCUACUUACCUGAAUAACCAAACGGAUUGGAAUAUUUUCUUGUUCAAAUAUCACAACUCCUUAUUGAAAUUUUGGUGGUGUGGUGUCCAUUUUAGGUCCAAAAUAGUGAUGUGAUUAUUACUGCUUGUAGUGUCCUCCAUGAAGAUGACAAAAG